AUGAGUCUCUCUUGAUGUAAGCAAAGUACUCUGGGACUGCCACUGAGCGUUUUCUCCAGUGAACAGCAUCCCCAUGCAUCUGUGAGGGAUCAUUAGCCGAGAAGAUGCAGAAGAUCUUCUGUCAAACAUGAGUGAGGGGGCAUUUCUGAUUCGUGUCAGUGAGAAAAUCUGGGGCUACACCCUCUCCUACCGCCAGCAGCAUGGGUUCAAGCACUUUCUUGUGGAUGCAUCAGGGGAUUUUUAUAGCUUUCUGGGAGUGGAUCCAAACCGCCAUGCAACUCUCACAGACCUUAUUGAUUUUCACAAGGUAUCCAUUCUGGGAAUCAUGGACAUGAACUCUUGGCUGAUGGGUGAGGUCAGAGAUAGUCAUUUCAGAAUCAUCAUGGUGACUAGGAUCAAGCCAGAGGAGGAAAUCAUCACAGUGUCAGGUGGAGAGUUACUGCAGAAACCUUGUGGACAGAGAGACAAUCCGCCAGACUACCACAUGCUAUUUGAUUGACUUUCUUCCAUGGAACAGGCCUCUAUUAGAUUACCCAAUCACCUUUACCCAAGACCUUCCCAACAUCCCCUACUUCAUACCCACAUGAGUUGGAUAUCUGAAGGAAUGGUUAAAAUUUAUAAGCUUGUUCUUUUCCUAAGUCAACAAAUGGCAGCUAGUAAUAUCUCCUAAUGAUUUAGUACCUACUUAACAUUAAGGAAAGUCACCCAAAUCACAUCUUAGGUACUCAAUUAUUAUGAUUAUUUUAAAUUUGAAUUGAAUUUAUUGAAAGUAUAAAAAUAUGUCAUCAGUGUAUGCUUAUGAAGCUGGUAAUUUGGUGAUGACCAAAUGACAGGUAUUAAAAAAGCAUUGGGGCAUAUAGAAUGCUGGAUAAGAAUUCAGGAAGAUCUGGGUUCAAAUCCUGCCUUUGAUAUUGACUAUGUGGCUAGGGAUCAUUUUUCAAAUUUCUCUGAACCUCAUUUUUCUCACCUGUAAAAUGAUGUUUCUUUCAGGUCUAAAUCCAUGACCCUCUAACCCUGGAUCUUAAUGGCCAGACUAUUCAUCAGUUAUCUGCCAGUACCUAUUCUAUUUUCUUUGUAUCUUUUUCUACAAAGGCAAAUUUAUAUUAUUUGAGCUCAUACCAUCUUGGAUUCUGCAAUGAAUUAUUUGAAUGUAAGCUCUUUGAGAGAAGUAAUGUUUCACUUUUGCCUUUGUCCUUUUGUCCUUAGUUGCCUGGCACAGUUCCUGGAAAGUGAAGUAUAUAUUUAAUAAAUACUUGCUCAUUGAAACAACAGUUGUAUCUUUUUCUACAGAUUUGUCCAAGUGCUUAAAUGUGUAAUUGAGAAUAUUCUCUGAUUGUUCAUGGGAUACAUUAUGUUAAAAGCUA